AUGACAACUUCUUUGGCUUGGCUGCACAGCGUUGCAGCCAAGGAGCCUCCGGCGCUGGCCUCGGCCGCCCUGGUCGGCGUGGUGGUGGGCGUGCUGCUGGUGCUGCUGCUGCUCAUUGACCUCACCUGCUACGCCGUCAACAGCCGCGGCAUCGUGUACGCGCUCUGCUCGCGGCGCCGCGGCAGGUCGGGCGCGGUCAAGCUGACCAACACGGCUGCCAGCGAAAAGGAGCCACUGCAACACAGCAAAAACGGAAACGGAGCUGGCCACGGAGCAAGUGAUGACAGGGACGUCCCGGCCGUGGUUGUGCAGGGCGCGUCGCCGGCGGCCGCCUCCAAUGACUCGGCCGUCUAGAGGAUGGCCCGUGUUCUACAAUGCGCCCGGGCCGGGUGGCACGCCCCCCCCCCCCCCUCCCCCCGAUGUUCGCGGGACGUGACGCGGCAUCGCCGGCUGGCGAGUGGACCUGACUGGUCGGCGCGAUGUGGUGGUGAGACGUGUCAUUGACGUGCAGCCUGUCGCCUCCAGUUGCAGAUCUCCAGUGAUUAUUUCCAUGUCGACGCUGUCAGAAGAAGCCAUUUCAUUUUGAUGUUUCUGUACUCGUGUGUUCCUUUCCCACAAGGCGUUUGUUGCUGCACCAGUUGUUCGCGGCGUCUAGUUUCGUCCGUCUAGUCGGUCGCCAUGACAACACACUUGCGUCAUGUUUGUACGUGUCCUGAUUGUACUGCGUUGAACGUUGCUUGGUAAGCUGGGGCUGGUUUUUGUAUCAUAUCGUAAGACCGUCUCGAAACCUGCAAUCGUCUGGCAGGCGACCCAGGCUCGACCCGUAAGUCAUACCUGUUCUGCAGGGCAGUGGGCUGGCCACUGAAAUACACGUUUUCUGAACAGGGAGCGCUGCGCGGCGUCCUUUUGCGGACCAAAGCCCCCAGUAAUAAACUGCAGCGCGUUGUUGGGCAGCGGCCACGCACGGCAGCGCCUGCUGACUUCGCGGAAGACCGCGCGGAGACCAGACAGGUCAAGCAGGCAGCCCGGCCGCGCCCCGCGCCCCUGAACCGUGCCCGGAGGCGGCGCGUGUCCGGCGCACGUGGAAGCCGCGCUCCCCAGGACGAGUGUGACAGGGGCGUGCGAUCUGGAGGAGGUGGCGGACCCAGCCCGGGCCGGCGCGCGUGUCAUGUACGCCGCCGACCAUUUCCCGUUCAGAAGCGGUGCUUGCGGCAGGGCCGGCCGUCACCUCAGUGGCCUUCACCUCGGGUGGCCGGCGCGUGAACAUCGCACGUCAACGACUCGCUGGUGUACGUUCUCGUGUGGGUCACGAACGUUCUCAAUACUACAACUAAUGUCGG